AUGUUCAAGUCAAUCUCCUUCGUCUUCGUUGCCGUUGCGGCCGUCUCCGCCUCGAUCGUUCCCCGGCAGAGCGUGUCCACGCCGAUUGGCACGACUAUUACUGGCGGCUUCGCAACAUACUACAACCAGUUCGGCGGGUUUGGCGCAUGCGGCCAGCAGAAUCCCGACAGCGCGCUCAUCGUUGCCCUUCAGACGCAGCGUUACGCUUCAUCGCUGUGCGGCCAGAGUGUCACCGUCACGAACCUGAACAAUGGUCGAGUCGUCACCGCCUCCAUUGCAGACCAAUGCCCCGGUUGCGCGAACGCCAACUCGCUCGACCUUUCCAUCGGCGCUUGGGAGGCUAUCGGCGAGAGCACUGCUGACGGCUCCGAGGUUCCCAUCAACUGGGUCCUCAACAACUGA